CUUUCAGCGUCAGGUGGAAACUCGCCCCGUGGGAGAACGGGAUACAAACUUGGUUUCAGUCUAUCGGGAAGUUAUUUUGGAACAGUCGGCGAAUGUUUUCAUAGAUAAAAGGAAAUUGACGACACAAACCAACACUUGGAAAAUGAAGAGCUUCAAGAACCGACUGAAAAAGCACGAAGUUAACAUCACUAACACAGACUGGAACAAGUAUGAUGAUCGGCUGAUGAAAGCAGUGGAACGUGGGGAGGUGGACAAGGUGGCUGCAGUUCUUGGCAAGAAGGGUAUAGUCCCUACCAAACCUGAUGUGGAGGGACGAUCUGCGUUCCAUUUGGCUGCAACACGAGGACACCUGGACUGUCUCAAUCUCAUACUAUCACACAAUCCUGAUGUCACAGCAACUGAUGCCACAGGUAAAAAUGCUCUUCAUCUGGCUUCAAGAAAUGGACACUCGCUGUGUGUGCAAAAACUUCUUCAGCAUAACUGUCCAGUUGGAAAUGUGGACCUACAAGGAAGAACAGCUCUCCAUGAUGCUGUUAUGGCAGGCUGCUCAUCCAGCGUGAAACUUCUCUGCGACAGCGGUGCUUCAGUCAAUACCAGUGAUUUUGAUGGCAGGACUCCUCUGGUGCUGGCAACCCAAAUGUGUCAUCCACGCAUCUGUCAGCUUCUUGUAGAGCGAGGGGCCAAUAUCUCUGUCCGGGACAAGCAAAAAAAAACGGCACUCAUUCUCGGAUGUGAGUAUGGUUGCAAGGACGCAGUGGAAGUGUUGUUAAAGAAUGGAGCCGAUGUCAAGGAGAAGGACAGCUUGGGCCAUGAUGCUUUCCACUAUGCUCGCCUCAGCAAGAACCACGAGCUUGUUGCGUUGAUUAAAGUCUGCCUCGACAAAGCCACAAGAGAAAAAGAGGCUGCAAGAAUAGAACAGUGGAAGCGACAGCAGUCGGUGGAGCGCUCAGACUCCAUGGAGUCUAACAGAAAAGAUCACAUGAUAAAUGACCUGGAAAGGCAGAAAGAGUCCCUGCAGGAAAGUCUCAGGAAUUACCACCUCGAGCAGAGGGCGCUGCAAGAUGAGGUCAACAUGCUACGACAACAGCUCACACAGGACAAGAAGAUUAUAGAAGACAGUCACAAGGAGAAGGAGCAAUUAAGGGUGUUACUUAGUGCCAAAGAACAAGAAGGGUCACGAGGCUUGGAGACUGUCAAGGUCCAGCUCAAAAGCACUAUGGGGGACUACAUGGGCCAGUCAGUGAUAAAAGGCAAAGAGAACGUUUUGGUCAAACAAGCAUAUAGCUUGGAUUUAGAUCAGAAACUCCAGAAUCCUGCAAUGUCACGUUCACUGACCAGACCAUCAGAGAAGGGUCUCUCUGGUGAGCCUGACAUUCUCCAACACGAACUUGAAAUGCUCAGAAGAAAACAGCAAGCGACCGAGGAGGACAGGGCCCGACUUCAUUCUGCUCUUAGCCGGAAAAACCGAGAAUGCCAAGAACUUGUUCAGAGCAGAGACCUUGUCCAGAAACAGGCUGACCAGCAAAUUCAAGAACUUGAGGAUGCCUUGGGGGACGUCCAAAAGAGAAUGCUUGAUUCGGAAUGCAAGGUUAAACAGCUGCAGGCCCAUGUGGUUGCAGUAAAGGAGCACUUAGGAGGCCAAGCCACAGAAGAGCUGCGUGCCCAGCUUCAAGAUAUGAAGGCCAAGUACGAAGGCGCUUCAGCCGAGGUGGGCCGGGUUCGUAAUCGCCUCAAACAGAGUGAGAAGGCUUUGGAGGAGUACAAAAACAGUGAAAGCCAGCUAGCAACUGAGGCUGAAAGGUUAAACGAAGAACUUGGGGCCGUAAUCACACAGAGAGAUGAAUUUGCAGAAACUGUCCUUGAAAUGGAAACCCAAUUGAAGGAAACCAAGUCUAAGCAAGACAGCGUGGUACCCGCUGAGAAAUUUGACAACAUGAAAAACCUGCUCACCAAUGCGGUCGAUGAAAAGGAACGACAGCUUGCUGAACUUAGAGACGACUAUGAUCGUGUCCUAGAGGAGGUGGCACAGCUCAAUCGAAAGUUAGAUAAUCCCACUCAGGGUGAAACGGGGGUAAUAUUCUCUGAAGAACAACAAAGGAUACAGGCUGCCCUGGAAGAGCAGAACGUCUCGCUGAAAAGGAAACUACAUGACGUCACGGCUAAAAGCCAGGCACUCAUUCAUGAGAUGGAGGACACUGAGGAAGAGAGAGAAAUACUGCAAGAAAAACUGGAAGACCUGAACAACAGACUCGAGACCGAAUUCAUACCCAUCCAGCAACAUGAGGAAGCUCGGAUGGUCAUGGUAACAGCUGUGGAGGAACUGGAGGACAAACUGGUGGAAGCCAGCGAACGCUUCGGAAAAGCAGAGGCCCAGGUCCAACAGCUUCAGACUGAGAGGGUGACACUCCAUGAGGAUAUAAACAGUCUGCAAAGUGCCACUGAGAAGCAGCAAAGUGAAAUGGAAUCCCUGCGAGGGGACAAGGCUGAGCUGAAGAAGGAGCUUGAACUUUUACUGACAACAUGUGAAGACCGAGACAAGGAGUGUGAGCAGCUCACAGCAAAGAGUCAUACUCUGAAACAGAGCCUUGAGGGAGAAUAUGUGCCAAGACAUCAGCAUGAUCAACUGAGAACGGAGUUAACUGACACUUUAGAGAGGGUCAAAGCUGAGAUGGCAGAUUUGGAGUGCAGAGAUAAUGAAAAUCUAAAGGAAUUAAAGUAUGUGAUAGAAGGUAAAGCCAAGUUACAAGAAAAGUUGGAAAAGGUACUGUUGGAGAGGGAAAACGACUAUAUAAGUUUAAAGGAUCACAAAUGUGUCACAGAAAAGUUGAGUGCUGCUGUGGUGGAGGCAGAUAACAGAGCAAACCAACUGUCAGAAAUGCAUGUGACAGCCCAGAAGGAAAAUGUGACACUGACUCAAGAGCUGGAAGCUCAGAAGAAAGAACUUGAUACUAUACAGCAAGCCAUUCAGUCCAAGUUCAUCCCUCUGACAGCUGUUGAGGAAAAAGAAAACGCCUACAGUUGCCAAGUAAAGGAGAUGAAAGUUAGACUAUUGGAGAUGGAGGCGAAGUAUAAUGACGAGAAGUCUGACAGAGAGAACAACAGGCUGGAGAAAGAGAAACUGAAAGUUGAGAUUGAAACUGUUCAGCGAAGACUGGACACCGCUCUUGUCACUGGUGAAAAGCACAAGGAGUGUGAAGAUGAGUUUAAGGGCCGCUACGAGGAGGUAUCACUGAAGUUGGCCAGUCUGGAGGAGAAGCACAACAAGGUAAAUCUUCAGAAAAUUGAGCUUGAAGCCCAGAAUGCUCUGUGCAACACUCAAAUCCAGAAUCUCCAGGAUCGUCUGAAAUCCGAGUUGACUCGGAUUUCAACGUAUGACACAGAACUCAAGGCCCUUAAUGAUGCCAUGCAGCAAGCCCAGGCGGAUUGCAAGAAAGCACGAGAUGCUCAACUGUUGGAGGAUCAGAAGGUUGGUGUCCUGCAGAAGGAAGUUCAGGAACUCCACAGAGAACAGGCUUCUCUGCUGCAGCAACACACCAAAGCCAAGGAAGCCCUGGAGGCUGAAGUAACAGAGCUACAGAUGGCGCUCCGAGAAGAAGAGGAGAACAGUGGCCAGAGAGCCGAGGAUGUUUCAGCACUGCAAUCUGAGCUUCUCCAGGCCACUCAAGCGCUUGACGAGCGUUGCUCCAAGGAAAGUCAAAUGACCCAGUUGAGAAAAGAGAAGCAGCAUCUUGAGGAGGAAGCUGCUAAUCUCAGUAACAAGCUCUUUAGCUUAACGGAAGAAUGCAAAGAAGUCCACCGGGAGGCAACUCAGGCAAGGGAGGGGGAGAGCAAAACCAGGAGAGAGAUGGAGGUUGUCCACAAGAAGGGACAAGCCAUUGAAAGAGAAAUCAUGGAGCUGAAAGAGCGCUAUGAUGAGUCACUUGGCACCAUUGGGAAUCUUCAAAAGAGGAUUCAGACAUCAUCUCAGCUGACUGAAUCCAAAGACAAGAAGAUCACAGAGUUGCUGAUAGACGUAGAGCGACUGAAGCAAGCACUGAAUGGGUUGUCCCAGUUGGCGUACACAAGCAACGCUCCCAAUAAAAGACAGAUGCAGCAUAUUGAUGCCCUACAGGUCCAGAUCAAGAACCUACAGCAACAGCUGGCUGAUGCUGAGAGACAACACAGGGAGGUGGUUUCCAUUUAUCGAACUCAUCUCCUCAGUGCAGCGCAGGGCCACAUGGAUGAGGAUGUCCAAGCCGCUUUGCUCCAGAUCAUCCGCAUGAGACAAGAGUUUGUGUGUUAAAGCUUUCUUCAGAAUAAUACGAGGCAACCUGCAGACUCAAAUUCACCAUUCUCACAUCCUUGCCGCACAGUCAUGCUUCCAAUGUAUUAUCCAGACAGUAAUUCUUCUAACAGACUGUUAUUUAAAUCAAUUUAUAGUCGUUCCAUAACCUCAAAAUGAGUAUUGACGCAGAUUAACUGUAGCAUGUAGAGACACUGCUAACUGAGGCCGAACAUUUAAAUCUACAGCACUACAUUAGGUCAAGAUCACAACUAUGAAACUUAAUUGAAUUGGAAUUAUUUGACUAAUUGCUGUAGAUAAUUUUUACUGCAAACUCUUUCUUUCUUCUGACCACUUCUCACAUUCCAACUCGACAGUCAUCCUUCAAAUGGGAUGUUUGUUCUCUGAUUCACAGUCAAACUGCAUAUAUACUCACAUAUAUACAGGAUAUAUAAAAUAUUUAUAAUAUAAAAAAUAUACUGUAUAUGUGUGUACAUACGUAUGUGUGUGUGUAUAUAUGUGUAUAUAUAUAUAUAUAUAUAUAUAUAUAUAUAUAUAU